CUCUAUGAACUGGAUGAGGACCCGAAACGCAAGGAGUUCCUGGAUGACCUCUUCAGCUUCAUGCAGAAGAGAGGGACGCCUGUGAACCGCAUCCCCAUCAUGGCCAAGCAAGUGCUGGACCUGUACACACUGUACCAGCUGGUGACGGACAAGGGUGGCCUGGUCGAAGUCAUCAACAAGAAGAUCUGGCGGGAGAUCACCAAGGGCCUCAACCUGCCUACCUCCAUCACCAGCGCUGCCUUCACCCUCCGCACGCAAUACAUGAAGUACCUGUAUCCCUAUGAAUGUGAGAAGCGAGCGCUCAGCUCUCCGGGUGAGCUCCAAGCUGCCAUCGACAGCAACCGCCGGGAGGGACGGAGGCAGACUUUUGGCACAGCACUCUUCAACUACUCGCCAGUCAGCACCCCAACCCUGCUGGGCUCCCCAAAAUUGCCUCUGCCAGCUCUUAGCAUCUCCACACACAGCUGCGGCCAGCUUGGCCAGCUGCAUGCUGUUAAGAAAGUGGAGGAGCAGCAGCGGCUGGUGCAACACGCGCUGCAGCACAACCUCCUGGCUGUGGCUUCCCAGUUCCCCAUGAACAUCAAGAUCUCCAACCGAGGUAAUGACAGACAGGAGACCGCAUUGAACCUGUCCACCAACGGCAUUAGCAGUAUCAACAUGUCAAUAGAAAUAAAUGGAGUUGUCUACACAGGUGUCCUGUUUGCCCGCCGGCCCCCAGCACCCCCGGCACACAGGGGAGGGAGCACCCAGAGCCGGCCGAACCCCAUGCCUGCCCCGAACCCACUGCUCCCAGCCCCCUCGCACAACCACACUCCCACCAGCACCUUGCCAUAA